UGUAAACCUCAGUCAUAGCCUUUUAAGUGCUUGAGGCCAAAAUCUAAAAGAUACGAUUCCAAGUGUGGAAGAUUUUGGACUUCGGAGUGACCUUUUUUAACAAAACUCUCACUUCGCGCGCGCAAAUUCAAAUCUCAUCGUUCGGCGAUGUUAUGUCACGCAAGAUCACCAAAUUCUCAUAAUCUGUGUUGAAGUCUGGCUUGGAUAGCGAUUCGAGAACCAUGGGAGACAAGUCUCAUAUACUAGAUUCUAAGGACUCACAGAGUGAGUUCUCUGAAUUCGAUCGAAAGAGAAUAGAAUCUGUUGGUGAAGAUACCGAAUAUGGGGAUGAAACACAGAGCCUAUUGGCCAUGGAAGAAAGAAGCAGCUAUUCGCAAAUUCCCUUUGGUUUUCAGAGUAGAGGGUCAUAUAAACACGCUUCAAAGAACUGCGAGAUUGUUGGAGGUACUACAAACUCUCUACUGUUCUCUAAUUUUAAUGACAAGUUUGCUUCAUCUGCCCUUGUAUCGAGGGUGAUCAUCUCCUUCCUUUCCCCCUGUGUCUUUCCCUCCCCUGCCAACCCCUCCCCUCCCAUCCCAAUAGUGAGUAGGGUCAAUGACCUUUCAGAAUUUUAUAAAGAGUAGCAAAAACUUGGAGUAUUAUUUUGUACAUCCUGAUUAUGAAUUCAUUUGAUCUUAUAUAAAUUAAUAUUAUGUUGUCAGUGGUCUACUAUGCAUGCAUAUUUAUGUACAAGUUGACCAUUUUAUUUGUUCAUGCUGUUUAUAAUUUUUCUAGUGACGCACAAUUCCCGGUUUAGACAAUUUGUCUUUCUUGAUUCACGAGGUAUUACAAGUUGGUCAUAUGAAAGUGUCUACAAUACAGGUACACCUUUAUAAUUAAUAGCAACAACUCUUGAGUUUUUUGUCAUAUUAAAAGGUACUUGUAAAAGUAACUGUUAUACACAAACUGUACCAUCAUGCCUUUGCUUGAUGGAUUUGUACAUUGCUAAAAGGGAAAGAUUAGAAAACGUUCCAAAGAUAAUACUGGAAAAAGUCUGCAGUUAUUGCUCUGUGCUGUUCCUGUAAAUAUAGCACGUGACAGUAGCUCAGAUAAUAUUUCAGAGGCCUUUCAGGGGGGGAGGGGGGACUGUAUGCUGUCACUUCCUCGGUCAUGCAAUGUAUCUUGGACUGCCUGUUGCCUGCCAGUAGGUUUGGAAAAAAUGCGGUUGUCACGUUUUUGAAAAUGUCCCUGCUGGAUCAGCAUAAAUAUAGAUUGGUACACAUGUAACAUCUGGAAAAAAUUAAUUUUUAUGAACUUUUCACCCUCAAGGGAUCAUUCUCGAACAAUCCCAUGAUUAGAAAGUGUGUGAAAGAAAAUAACAGAAAUUGAAUUCCGGUCGAAAUUAUUUCUUAACCUACUAGGUUGAUCCUCUAUUUCCUUUGUCUUCUACACCCUAAUUCAUCAUGAAUAGUUAGGGCCAGCUAGGAGACAUUACAGAAAUUGAGAAUCAACCUAGUUUAAAAAAAUUUAACCUGAAUUUAAUUAUUUUGACCUGUAACAGCUAUAAAAAUUAACCUAAGGGAAAUUGAUAUGCUGGUCAGUAUGAUAGCAAGUGUAGCUGGGCUUAAUACUAGAAACAGUGUUCUGCUCAUGGUGUGUCAUUAUUUACAUAUAGUACUAAUAAAUAUAUAAGCUGAUUAUUAUUCAUUUUUAAAUUAAAUUUGCUUAAAUUUCUAGUUACGAGGCAUCUCAACUAUCCAUCUUACCAGUUUAAUGUCCUGCGACUGAUCAUAUUCUCAAGAAAAUUUAAUGUGUAUUUUGCCUUGUCAAAAGAGUAUGCACUGAAGGUGAGUUAUUAUGUUCAAGACAAAAUUAAUUCAAUACAUAUCUCAUUUGAUCACCAAGUUUGUUUUUUGAUGAAUAUAUUUGGAAAGGAAAGCGAUCUGCCAUUUUCACGCAAGAGCGAUCACAAGAAGGAUGAACGCGUCAUUUUGUUUUGCAUAGAGCAGAAUAUUAUUUUCCUUGAGCAGACCACUCUUUGUAGACAGUUAUUUGCAGGUCACGUGGUGGGCUUUCGGCCAAUGAAAACGAAGAACAAUUUGCAUCGAAUGAUAAAUACUAUUUAUUUAGUACCUUAAGUCAGUCUAACUUUUGAUUCUGUGUUUGAAAUCCUAUGAUGUUAUCAUUCAAAUAAAACCUCAUUGGCAAAACUUUUGCAUGGUUCUAUCUAAUUCUUACAAUUUUACUACAAAAAUACAUUUGGAAUUUUGAAGGUUUUCUUUCCAUUGGUUACUGUCAGAAGUGAAAGACUUAAGGUAUCUGCACAGGCAAAUUUUGCACAUGUUUGCAUCAUUUUUAGUGGUUGUUUUAUGGAUAAUAUCUAUAUGUAACUACAUUGACAGUAUUCCUCAGUUCUUGAGGAACUAGAAUAUAUCAAAAUAAACUAGGUUAUGUGACCCAAAAGGUGUUAAUUUAAUUACCCCCUAGGGUGGCACGGAAAGAGAAAAAUCAAAAUUUCAGAAGAAUCCUUAGAGUUAUUGUUAAAAACGAAAUGUAACACAAAUAAGGACGUAAGAUAGAAUAAUUCUGUGUUUGACCAUGACACAGCUCCAAUUAAUCCAGCCUCUAGGGCACAAUUUGACCCAUAUUUUGACAUCAAUAACUCAGCUGUACGGCAAUUCUAACCUUUAGUCAAACACAGAUCUGUUCAUUAACAUACUCUUUGUGUAUUUGCCAAAUUUCAUGAAGAAAUAAUGAUCCAUUCCUCCAAAAAACUGGUUCCCAUAAGUCAAGGUAAAUCGGUCACGCGGUAAUUAACGCUUUUCCAGUGUGAAAAAGCUUAUUUUCUUCUCAAAAUCAACUGUUUUUCCUCGAUACUACCAUCACAGACCUUAUUGCCCGCCAUUUUGAAUCACCGCUGUGUGAAAUGCUUGUGGAAGCCUAAGAAAAUGCCAAAUGACCUCUCUAUAGCCCCCUUGGAUUUUGAUACGUGACCAGUUGCUAGGUGUGACGCAUUUCCGGAAGAUGCGUUACUCAGUGUCAGCUUUAAUGCAGUGAAGCGCGCCGAAGUCUGAAGAUUGAAGAAGAGUUUUAUUCAAAAUUGAAAAGAAUUGCUUCUGUAAAGUGAAAGAAAUUGGCAGAAAAACAGACCAGAGGAUUAGGGGCCAAGAAAACGUUUUACUCUCCCGGCAAAAUUGUCAGAAUAUAUCAGGUGAGAAGACACACCGAUGUAAUGUAAAUUUAAAACAAUAUUAAGCCCUGGAAAACGGAGUGUAUUUCAAGAACAUAACAAAUUUUGACAAGAAGCAAGUAAUAUUAGUCAUCACAGCUUUAACAGAAGGAAGAAAAAUCAAGUUGGACAUACAGCGGCUGUAGUUUGUCAAUGAAUCCAAGCAGUGAAUAGAUUUUGUUCAGCGCAUCAAUAGAACUUGAUGCUGGAAAGAGGAGUCAAAUUGCGCUCCUGCCGUCCUUUUUCUUAGUAACGGAAAUGAAAAUUUUUCUUUAACUUCCGGUAAAUCGGUCAACUUUUGAGUAGAUUUUCUCUUAAAUGCAAAGGUAUAUUAAAAAAAGAACACCAGAUAUGCAUAUUACAUCAUCUGAACUUACUGUAGAAAGAUUUUGAGGGCAAAAUAAAAUGUUGAAAAUUUGCCUGUGCAAAUACCUUAAGAAAAAUAAGUUGUGGCCCGUUAAGCUAAGGGUAACUGUGUAGGUAAUAACAGGAACUGACUAACUGUAUAUUAAACCUUUAUAACUCAGCUUUUUUAUUUUUUCAGGUUUUCAACCUGAAUUUUCAUGAAGUCUUUUCAGUGUCAGCAGAGAUGCAUUCUGUAUUAUGCAUGGUGUUUAAUCACAGUAGAGAUGAGCUCAUUACUGGAGGAACUGGGGGCAUGAAGGUAACUGACAAGGCAUAUACAUGUACAUAUCAGUAGCAAAACAGUCUAGAAGAAAAAAAAGUGUCUUUAUAAGUAUACAUGUUCGUGCAGUUCUCUGAUCUAGAGGGGCCAAAAGGCUUUCAGGUAAUUACGUGCACCUUGCCUGCUACAUUGUGGCUCUGUUGUUAUUGCUUUUUCUUGUUUACUUUUCUUGCAAUCCCUACAUGAGACUGAGUGGAAUGCAUUUUUUAAUGUUCUAUAAAUUUAUAGUUCUGGACAUUUGGGGAGAUUGAAAAAGACAGGCAAAAAGCUUGGGAGAGAGAUUCCAGACCAAUGGCCAACUAUGGUUUGGUGUUAAGGUAAUGAGAUGAAAUGUUUUAGAUCUUAAUCCAAAUCGCCCCGUCAAAUAGAAACAUAUUCACUUUCCAUGGAUUGUAAGAAGGCCUUUAAAUGCAAUAUCCGACAGAAAUAAAAGUGAAACUUAAUUUGCUUUGGGAGUUUUGAGGAACAGAAUUAAUAGCAGUGUUUAAAACACUACAAAGGUUGACCCUCUCACAAUUUAUAAGAGUAGAACAUUUUGAGUCAUGUUAUACUUUCAUGCUAUAUUUUGGGGGCAGAGGGGGUGCAUUUUGGAAUAGGAAAUGUACCAGUUGAAAAUAAGUCUUACUGGCCUAUUUUUAUUCAUAUUGAUAGAAGUCACUAUACAGCCCCGGCUUAAAAAUGUGCAGCCGCACGGCAGCCCAAUUAGCCCCUACUAUGGCAAUCUUGUUCUUGAAAAAAACCAUAUCCUCACCUAUAAAUUUUGUCUCUUUGUCUAAAUGCAAUCACAACCACAAAUAGAAAAUUACACAAGUCAAAGGAUAAGUUUCCUUUUUUCAAUUAUUUUGAUGGGCCAGAAAUGAGACUUGACCAGGCAAAAAUUUCUUUGGUUGGUCAUCAUGACAACCCACUGUCCGAGGAUAAUUUUGAGCCAAGCUGUAUUAAAAGCUUAGUAUAAUUUGGUACUACAAUGUACACAUGUGAAUCAUUGGUUAUGACUUAAGUAACAAAGUUUCUCCUUGCACUCACAGGGCAUCAUAUCCAGACAUGGGGGGAAGCUGGGUGAAGCAGGUAGAGCUAGAUGAAGCAAUGCAGGUAACAGCAAUAAUAUCCUCAUAAUGCCAACUAUACCGGAUACGGCACUGAUCCUCCUGAAUAAAAUCGACUUUUGAGUAUUUCUGUGCUUUAGUAAGAAAUUUAGCCAAUUUUUUUCCAAAUCGGAACGGUCUCUGGGGCGUUUUUGCACAUUAGCCAGUUACAAAGACUAUGUCGUCACUACCAUGAUUAAUGCAAUUUUUGAUGGUAUGUAAUUCAUGUAAGAUUUCAUAUCAUGUCCUAAACCAUUUUCAUGACUGUCAUAAUUUUGGGGCUGGGUCAAUUUGUAGGGUGGCGUGGGGUAUUGAUGACAUGUGGUGGGGGUAGUCCAAAGAUAGAAUCUCCAAAUUUUAGUCCUCCAGAGGUAACUGGCAUCUCUGCAAUAUUAAUAUUCUAAACCAGGUGGAAUAAUGACCAUCUGGGCGAGUGUUGUGCUGAAAGGAAUUGUUAUACAUGUAUACUGUAUGUUAUGAUCUCUUGGAUGACAGAGUCAUUCACUGUAAACAACAACAGUCCUUAAUUACAGGACUACACUCAUACCGCUGAUCGUAUAGAUCAAUUUAGGUUUCAAGGAAACUGUCCACGUACCCCUCCCCUUAGCCAACAUUUUGCCCCAAGUGAGAAAUAAGUGAUGAAGUUGGCUUAGGGGAGGGGUAGGUAGGCAGUUUCCGCGAAACCUAAAUUGAUCCGAUCAUAUUUCUCCUACUUACAUUUACAUGUACAGCAACAUAUGUAUGAAAUAACCCCUGCGUUCAAACCAUUAUUUUCUUCCUGCUUUCGUUCCUAAAGUCAUAUGAUUUUCCUUUACAUUUAUUUAUUUGCAGCGUCUGUACUGUUUAUCUGAACGGAAUGUUGUGGCUUAUGACAUGGUGGGAAAUCAUCUCUUCCAGAUAGUGGAGUAAGAUUUUUGACAGCUUUUUAACCCUGUCGGUCCCAAGAGUGACCAAAGUCAAUUUUCUCCCAACAAAAUCAAUACAUGAUCAAGGGAAAAUGUUGUGAGAAUUAAUACAAUAAUCAAUUGAUGAGAAACGCUUUCACAUACAAACAAAAACUCCUAUUACCAAUUCUUCAGGGAAAUGUAUGAAGAUCAGUCUGGAGAAUUUGUGUGUUUGAGGUGUACACAAUGUAAGAAUCAAGGAAUCAUGUGACGUAACAUUAAUUUUACCUUAUGCUUAACUUUCUAGUGCCCACAGAGGACCUGUAACUGGCUGUGUUUACUCUAAAGCCUGUAAUUUUCUUGUAACUGUGGGGACUGAUUGUGACGGUAAGAAAACAAAAGUUUUCGUGUUUCAACGGUUGAACUUCUUAAUGUAAUACAGCCGAAGCGCACAGUGGGAACUUUAAAGGAUAGCCUGGGACCAGGCUGCUUAUCAAAGAAAAAGGACGAAUAACGAAGCAUGGCAGGCGCGCAAAUAAAAGGACGAACCGAGCAGGGGAUUAGGGAGGAAAAGAGGAGCCCCUCUCCCCUUGCCACGGAGUCCCUCGCUCGGCUCGCUUCAAUCGUUGAUCUUUUUAAACAUUCCGUCCAGUAGUCCGGGACAAGCAGAUUUUCUGGCCUGACAAAACAAAUUACGUCCAAAAACCUUGGCUCAAGAGCCCCUCUAACAAAAUCAUAAAUUGAGACAAGCGAGAGGGUGCCCUUUUCAAGAUUAAUUUUUUGAGCCCUUUUUAUCCCCCCAAGGAACCCAUUCCCAGUCUUAUUAAAGCUAAGCCCCCAGAUCUGCCACAUGAACGCGUGUUUUGGGAAGCUCUUUACGCGUUUUCCUGUCUCGCUUAUCUCUGGCCUAAACUGUAUUUCACAGUGUCGUAUCAUCAUGCUGUAAUUGGAGCACAAGAAAAAGAGUUCAAUUUGUUUUCCUGAGUUUCUCGUCAUGUUGGGCUUCCUUUUUAGAUGACUUGUGCUUGUAGCUUUCAGUAAUACUCGUUUUUUCACUUUAUCCUUCCAGCUGUAGUCUCCCUCGCAGUCGUUUUAUCUCAUCACAUAACGCAUCUCCCUUGCGCUGCGUGACGAGACAAAACGGCUGCGAGGGACACUAUUCCAGUUUAUACAGUGGCUGAACCCAGUGGCUGAUUUAAUAUAUUAUGGUAAUUUUCAGUGAAUGUUUGGAGCAGAUCAAAAAGUGGCGGGAAGGUGCAUACAUUUACUGGCCAUUCGAAGGUAAGGUUUUUUUAUUUUUAUUUUUGUUAGAAUAAUACUUAACGUGUGUCAAGGCUGAUUAUAAACCUUAAAAGAGCUGUGUCACGUCUGUCUUGUUCAUUUGUUAACAUAAUGCCAAUUUUGACGCUUCGUUAUACAGCACAGCCUCCCACGUAGACGUUCUUGGGAGUUCGUCACGCGUUUCUGCUCCAGGAGCGCGUGACGAACUAGGCUAUAUACGCUAUGAACUUAACGUUUACAAAGAAAUUACUGAACACGACAAAAUCACAGCUUCUUGUCCAACAAAUAAACUUCUCAAGCAUAACAUCAGACGUUACAAACACCGAAAACGAACUUUGAGAAACUGUUUGGCUAACAAACUUUCAAAACUCAUAACUUCAAUCCAGCCGUUUUGUUCUUCUUCAAGUUUUUCCAUGUGUGCCUACUUCUUUAUUUGCUGUGAUAUUUAUACCUUAUUUUAAAGUUUUGAGAGAUUAUUUCUCUAUUUCACUCAAAAUGGUAGCAGUUCCUGCAGUUACAAUUUUUUAAAAUUCGUGACACAGCUCCUUUACAUGCAAGUCCCUUCGUAGUUCAGAGCGGGAAAGUGCACCCGAACUGUACAACCCGGAAAAUCAUUGCCGGCGGGAAUCCUGCUGGUGAAGGACCCACUCAGACUUUUUUCUUGCUCAUUUAUAUUUUCUGUUCUUCAAACCAGGCAAUAACAAAAAUAAUGCUCCACCCAGAAAAUUCAGCCUUGGUGAUAACAGCUGCUAUGGAUGGAAUAGUGAAAGUUAAUUCAUUGGACUUCAUGGAGGAAAUUUACAGGUAAACAAAACAAAAACAACAACAACAGCAAACAUACGAGAGCCCAGGCGCGUUGCUCUUCAAUUUUUUAAAAGUCUUUUCUUGAUGGUCGAGAAACCAUAGCGGUUAUUGUUCAGGAUACUUACUUUAAAGGAGUUAAAACAUCUCAGAUUAUCGGUUACCAAUCGCCCCGUUGGUUUAAAUACAUAACUUACUAAAAGUUGACGGCGACAGUAAUGACAAUUUCAAAAGCAGGGUUUGCCUAAAACCCGAAAUUUGAAAAACCACGCCGAACGCCGAAUGACUCUGAAGUUUAGUGAAUCGGGUUAGGAAACUGAGUGAAUUAAUUUCAGGUCAUUUUGCCCAGUAUAAUGACCCUAAGUGGAACCUGAUUCACUUAGUUUCCUAACCCUAAUCACUAAACUUCAGAGUCAUACCCUCAAAAAGCAAAUUAAGACGAGGAGUAAAAACCAAACUAAAACAAAACGGCAUGUUUAUCCCUUUUUAAUCCUAUAAAAGGUUAUAGCGAGCAGAUUAUUUGUCACUCUAGCUUUGAACGAAGUGUGUGAAUGAAAUGGUGUUACCGUUCAAAUGAAACCUCUCCAGUGGUACUUUCACAUGGCACUAUUUAUCUAGUCUGUAGUUCUAACUUCCGAGCCUAUGGACAAAUUCCGAUGGUUUUACCAUUAAAUUAAAGCCUUUUUCGCUUUUGCUUGGAACUAUUUAUUUUUUUAGGAUUUUGUAAACACAAAUUUGACUAUUUUUGUGAUUAGUUUACUUUGUCCACUACAAAAACAACUCUGCACGUGCAACACACUUUUUAGCACGUUUCUGUACCGUCCUCUGCUUGACUUCUAAUUAAAGUUUCCGUAAUGUGAAAGUCUUAAUUUGAAGGUUUUGGCCUACGACGUGAGACCUCCCAAAGCGACGUUGUAUGGAGGACGUGGACAUACGACGAAAAAUUUUCCUUUCUUCUAUUUGAACAUGGAUAAAGCCCUUAAGAAUUCAACUCCAGGAAAAGUCGCCUACAUUUGACGAAUUGAGCGGUUUCAAAUAGAUACGAUAAAGUUUGAACGGACGCAAAUUCAUUUAUUUAGCGACGUUUUCACUUCCGUCUUCGUCAUCGUUGCCUAACCUGAAGUCCCUAAUGUUGUUUGCAGAGGAUAUUGACAAUCCAUAAACCUUAUGUUUCAGCCUGCCCGUGUUUCCAGAGGGUAUUUACUGGAUGCACGUCGUCUCGUCAAAGCUUAUUUACUGCUGUUCCAACCGUGUAAUUGAGGUUUUCUCUCUCAAUCAUGUCUGCGAUUUCUGGGCCUUGUCACGCUGUUCGGUGACGUCACUGUCCUUAGAAACAUGCAGAGGAAAAUCCACGCGUGUUAUGGCGGUGGGAAAUGAUAGCAGGUAAAGUCAUUUAGGAUACCGUAAAAUUCCGAAAAUAAGCCUUGGGGCUUAUAUUUUUCAAAGGCCCUUUUUGAGGGGCUUAUUGUUUGGAGGGGCUUAUAUUCGGAGGGGCUUAUCUACGGAGGGAAAUUUGCGUUUCAAAAUCGAUUGGGCUAGCUUUAUAGUUGGAAGGAAAUUAACCGUUUUGGCUUUGUUUUGCUUUGUAUUUGAUCCAAGUACAAGUCCCCGGGGGGGGGGUAUAUUUGGAGGGGCGAUUUAACGGAGGGUUUUUUGCGUUACCGUUUUGGGGGGCUUAUAUUUGGAGGGGCUUAUACAUGGAGGGGUUUAUUUUUGGAAUUUAACGGUAUGUUCACACGAUACUGGACAGCAAUUGCGCGUGCGCGAAAACCACACCGGAUGGGGCUUCUGUUCACUGACAAGAACGGUGAUUUCUGCGGUAACGGAGCGAAGCUGUUCCACGCCGAUGUCGAAAAUGGAGCAUCACCUAUCAGCUAUAUGUUCUGUGCGAGGACUGCAAUCCACGUAGAUGGAAUUAAAUAUUCAGGACUGAGGACUGGGAUUUACCUUACCGAACCCUCUCGGCCAACCGCUCUGGCCCGAUUUUUGAUGUGUGAACGACUUGUUCCAGUUCUGUGCCGUCGCUAUUCACACUAUACCGUGUUCACAGCAUACCGUGUUCACACUAUAGCGUGUUCAUACUAUACCGUGUUUACACUAUACCGUGUUCACUCUAUACCGUGUUCACACCAUACCACGUUCAUACUAUACCGUGUUCACACCAUACCGUUUUCACACUAUACCAUGUUCACACUAUACCAUGUUCACACAAUACCGUGUUCACACUUUGCCGCGUUCACACUAUACCGUGUUCACAGCAUACCGUGUUCACACUAUAGCGUGUUCAUACUAUACCGUGUUUACACUAUACCGUGUUCACUCUAUACCGUGUUCACACCAUACCGCGUUCAUACUAUACCGUGUUUACGCUAUAUCGUGUUCACACCAUACCGUGUUGGUACUAUGCCGUUUUCACACCAUACCGUGUUGGCACGAAAGGCUAUCCGGAAAAGUGUGAGCAUAGCGUUAGUCUGUAACUGGCGGUUUUGUUGGGGAGGGGUAACGGAGGGAAGCGCGACGUAAUUGCGCGCUCGCCCGAAAAAAUCACCAGCUACGCUGGCUAAAAUGGAUGGUAAGCCCAUAGUUGGGGAACAGUACAUUUCUCAAUAUUUCUGGCUCCAACCCCCUGGAGAGUUUGGCAAUGCUUGAAAGUCAUCAAAACGAGAGCCAAUCAACGUCCUUUUCUUCUUUGAGAUUGAUGAAACAUUUGGAUCACUUUUUAGCAGACGUCGUAGCCAACAACUGUUUUAUAUGUUUUUCUUUUUCUUUUAGUGUUCGCUUGAUCUCCCGGAAGCGCCAGAAUCUCUCCACAGUCCUUCCCCCGCCACCCAUCUCGCCUCUAAAUAUGGUGAAAGAUGUGGCAUAUAGCAGGGAGUUUAACAUGAUGUACUUGCUGAUUGAUGAGCAGGAGAUCUGGGUCUAUUAUACCAGGUACUGUACACUAACGGGAAUGUCCCAGUAAGAAGAGGUUAAAGGGCAAAUGGUUGGGAGCUUAAGCAAAGACGUUUUGAACGACGCGUGUCAACCAGGAAAUACAGCCCUCUACAGUAGACCUCCUCUGAGUUUCCCCAAGCCUCUGUUCCAAACCGAGGCUAAGUACGAAGCCAUCAUGAAAAUGAUUUUUUAUUCUCAUGCAAAUAAAGCUCACUUUCCCAAGAGAGGAUUUGCACUUAGACUCGUUUUAAAAGUUUAAGCUUUUUUAUACCUUGGAAAUGACCUAUUCAAUCUCAGCAUAAUUCGACAACGUUCGAUAAGCUGAACGUAAUGGAAUAAUGGUGAUAAACUUUGAAAGAGCGCGAAUUUUCUUUUCAAGUACAGCGUUUUCGCUGCCUUGACGGUCGUUGUCUCUUAAGCUCCCUAACCUCCCUUAUGUUCGAGUGACGGAGUCUCAAAGUUCGACGUCGCAAAUAUUUGUUUAGGUGCAUAGAAAGAAAGGGACCAAAUAUGCUUUCUUGCAAAAAUUGAGCAUGUAAAGGCAAAUUGACUCUGAGAUGUUAGCACUGUAACUUUGCUGACCUAAGGGCUCAUGGUGAUGAUGAUGAUGAUGAUGAUGAUGAUCUAUUUUGUUUAUUUAAUUUUUUGGCAGGACUAAUCCAGCUACUCGCGUAGAAUCCUGGAAACUAGAUUUCAUUGAAGAUAUCCAUAGCCAUCACUCCCAGGAUGCAACGUCAAAAUCCCGAGCAAGCAGUCCAUGGCUAAGCGAGGGACACAGGUAUCGUCCGUAUACCAUUUAACAUCAAUUUCUCUCCCCUCCCUUCCACCGCAUCCAGGAAGUACAAAUGUCAGUAGUAGCUGUGUUUGUUUGUCUUCUUUUAUUUCAGACUAGACUAGUAAAGGGAAGAUUUUUCAUUAGCUUUGAGUGACCAUUUUCCCUGUUGGCACUAAAAAUAGUCUUCUUUUCCGCGGAUUUUUAGACGCGUUUUCCUCCACUCUCCAGAAAAUUAAUAGUUGUCUUCCGUGAAGAUUUAACAUCAGUUUACACGAAAAUAUUUAUCGUGGUGAUCUGCCGACCCGACAUAACGGUCAGUUUUUACUGUACCUGCAACAUUUAAAAUCUACCCGAUUUCAAAGAUUUGUAGUGAAGCAACUUUCUUUGAAAAUAGGGCCGGUUUUCUUUUUUUGUUCUCAUGUGUUUUCUCGAACAUACAUCGCAAAAAUGGGCCGACAAAUUGUAUCUUGUCAACCAACAAUAAGCAUAUUCUUAUACCUUCGAAGAUCAAUGGCAUUGAAAAGUAUUGUAUCAAUGGCAUUGAAAAGUAUUGUAUCCUGUUUGCGAAACUUUUUCCUGAAUGUUAGCCUGCGUAACAAGCGUUUCCGAUCGAGCGGAGUUAUUGCUCGUUUUCGCUCUUGUCCAACUUUCGCGUCAAACUCGCGAGGAAACGGUUGCUACGCAGGCUACUUAAAUGUUGCCCAACUAUACCAUCAAUGAUCUCAUGUAUCAUACAUCAUUCUCGUGUAUCACUGGUUUUCCCUAGAUCUCCAAGCCCCAACACCGGCGAUUUACCUUCACGCGGACCUAGUCCCUUAUUUUCUCGCGACGGUACUGGCAGGGAAUCUUCUUUGUCGACCCGUAAAGAGAAAGUAUUAAUCACGUGCGUCGGAAUACUGUAUUCUCCAAUUACAAUGCAGUCUGUGGAAGGACAAGCAUGCCCUGAUGCUACUCACUUCUUGAUGGCGGGAACGCAGGUUUGUGAUCCAACAUAUACGUAACAUUCUCCAUUUUAGUGGCAGUUUGUGCUCUAUUUUAUGAAGUUUUAGCAACGGCGACGGCAACGGCAACUAGGACCUCAAAAAAGCAAUACGUUUGUUGAGCAAAUAACAACUCUGCACGUGCAUCACGCUUUUUUGUACAUUUCUUUGCCGUCCCUGUACGAUUACGACGUGAAAAUGCCUAAUUGCAAAUUUUAUGGAGGACGUAAACAAGCGAUGACGAAUAUUUUUUCUCUUUCUAAACUUGAGUGCGGUCCGCAAGUAAUCAACUCCAGGGAAAUUUGCCUACAUUUGACAUUUUCAGCGAAUUUGAAUAUACACGACAUAGUUUGAAACAACGCGAAUUCCUUUUAAAAAGGACGCUUUUGGUGCCGUCGCCGUCGUCGAUGCUAGAGCUUCCUUUUAUUAUGGUCACAACGCAGCCACAACGACGAGGUCGAAGACAACGUCGUGGAACAAUUGAAUGAUGUAAAGAACAACUCCGCAAGUAUAGAUAGCACUGUUUGUGGCUACGAGGCAAUAAAGAGUUGGUCCAAUCAACAGCAAGAUAGCCAAUACAUUGUGUUUGCUCGGGUAGCCAGUCCGAAAAAAGAAUUCGCUUCAUCUUCGGCAAAGGGUCAGCUUUUUAAUUCAAAAAUAGGAUUCAUGGUGGUAAAAACAAGCUUAUUUCUCUCCCUCUUUUACGACUAAGAUAAUAUGUGAGAUCCUCAACAUUUCUUUUACAGGAAACUUGCCGUUCUAAAUUAACAAUAAGACUAAAGAUAUACAUGUAUACCUUACUGUACAAUAUAAUGUUUUUCAACCGUUUCAUACUCAGGAUGGAAGAGUUCUGUUUCUCCACAUGUUUUGGAAAGGUCUAAAAUAUCAUCAACUACAAGCGAAUAAGGACGCUGUAAGUAAUAAAUUAAAACUGUGACAACGGCACUGUUUAUGACCACGGUAGAAGAAAUAGGGAUAAAUAUCUUAGGAACCUCUUUUUAAUUUUGUUUUUAACGUGAUUUUGAAGAGACAACAAAAACAACAAGUUAAGUAAAGCUUACAAAGCUUGUGUCCGCAAUUAGCGGAGGCUAGUCCAGGCGGGUACAAGAGAGAAAAGAAAAUUCUAUUAUAAAUAGAGACAUCCCCCUCCCAAUUUAAUCGUGGUGAUCAUCGUCAUAAUUUUCGUCAUCGUCAUCAUCAUCAUCAUCAUCAUCAUCAUCAUCAUCAUCACCACCACCACCACCACCACCAACAACAACAACAACAACAACAACAACAACAUCACCACCACUAUCACCACCACCGCCACCACCACCAUCAUCAUCAUCAUCACCAUCAUCGUCAUCGUCAUCAUAGAAUUAGGUCUCAAAUUUGCCAUCUCCAUACUGGUCUACGAGUUUCAAAUCACUUUCCCUUAUCUUAAUAUUAUUAUUUACACCGUAGGUCCUCGAGCUGUACCAUGAUCAGGUUAUGAACACCCUGGUUACAAAGUGCAGGCAUCCUGGGAUUGUUAUCCUUAUUUGGUCAUUACCAUUUUUGCAGUUGCUCAAACGCGUAGAUUGUGACACGGACUUGACAUGCUUUACCAGAAUGGUGCGUAAUUAUUUCGAUUAUUUAUGAUCACGCGCCUGACCUACAGCGUUAUUUCACGUUUUCCUCUUAAAAUAAUCUGUAAGACAAGCUAAAUUAUCAAUACAUAUUGUUACUCACAAUGUUUGAACUUGUUUUAUCAAAUUACGAACGUCUCUAUUUACAAUUCCUUUUUUCUUUUUUAGAACAAUCUUCUUUUAUGUGGACAUAAACGUGGAUAUUUACAUCUCCACUCUUUAGCUAUGGACAAUCAAGAACUUCAUAGCAAUGGAGGUAUUACAGCAUAUUUUUGUGAUGUAAGCGUCGUAGAUUGACUGGACGUAGACAGUUGAAGCUGAAGGUCUUUUUUUUACAGAUACAGCACCAGUGAUUGUCUUUAGUCAUGUGAUUUGAUUAGUAUUUCCAAAUCAUUCAAUACCACUUUUUUUCAACCCUGUAAAUGGUCCAACUAGUAUUCUAACUGAACUUUACCUGUUUAAGAUGAAAAGCCCACAGGCUCAAAACGGUCACCUAAAGAUCACCAGGGCGCUAUUAACAGCGUGGACUCAAACUCCCAACUGGGAAUAUUCUGUAGUGCGAGGUAAGAUUAUAGGCUUGGUUAAAGAGACUGGGGUAAACUGUAGGAUGGGAGGAGGAGACAACGUUGCCGAGUGGUCAGCGCGUCGUACUCGAAAUCCGGCGAUUCCGGGUUCUAUCGAGUCUGUCUCUGGCCACGUGCUAAGUUAGUUGUCGGUCGCCCCGAGUUCAAACCUCGGCCAUGCUUGUAAAUAGCCAGUUGGUUGGCUCCUGCCAGUUGUGGCUUUUGAUCUUGUUAUAUUCUGUUUGAAUUAUUUGUUUUCAGUUAUUUGAGUGGGGUGCCUGUGAACUAGCUGAAUAGGCUAACUUCACUAUCAAUAUCCACUAUUCACAAACCUUCUUCAAAAAGACACGAUCAGGAAAUUCAUGGGGCCAGUUUUCCAGUUUUCAGCCAGCGCAGGAAUUGUGGAGGGACCCAGUGAGGUCAGAUCGGUCGCCAUGCAAAGGCACACUUUUCAGCCGCUAUAGUCAAUCUUGGAUCACAUCUCGUCCAUCCUCAGGCCUAUGACGGCUCAAGUCAGAUAGUCUGGGGCCUAUGAAUAUUGUCACGGGGUUUUAAUAUCCCCUUCCAAUUGAUGUCUAAGGGUGAAGGAGACUGAAGGCCAACGGCUUAACUUACCGCCCAAUGAGGUGAUCAUUUAAACUGAGAAAGGGUUUUAAUCACAGCUUGCUUGCAUGCUGAUCUUCAAUGAAUACUAUAGCUUCCCCAGUGUCCAAACUCGUUCCCAGAGCUCUCUCCUACCCGAUCUUAAGGAGCAAGAAACACGGGAAAGUGAUAGAACCUGGGAACAAGGUAGCCUAUUGUCUUCAGAAAAGCAGGUCAUUUUUGUGUAGUAGCGAAGUUAUACUAAGCUACGUCUUUUUUUCUAUUGCAGUCAAGACGGAGUUAUCAAAAUUUGGGACAAAGACAAAACUCUUCUUCGGGAAAUACUAAUGGGCGAAACGUUAACUGUCGCUUCUUUUCUUAACAUUCAAGGUAGCUCUUGUCUCUUUUGUUUAAUCAUUAUUUCCUCAAGACUGCGAACAGUCGAUCUCUUUCUUUUAAAAGUUAUGUGGCCAUGCUUAACCCAUACAUACGAGAGGCGAAGCCUUGAAUGAAGCCGUUUGUAACGGCGUUGUUUCCAAACGCCCCGGUUGGAAUGAGAACUUACGGAUUUUGAGAGAAAUGGCAGACUGCAAGCAGUCUAGUCUAACUGAUGAAGACACUUGUUUUGGCGUUGCUUUGGACAAGAGAACUAAUAGACAAGGACCCUCCUGUUUAUUUAUUUGUUUUUUAGUUACAAUCGUGAAGAAAGAUAGGUUGAUAAGUUGUUGUUUUUUUUAGGAGAUAUUCUGAUCGGCUUCAAGCAUCACAUAUUUAUGAUUUCAAAUGAAAAAGGUAAAUGGCAAGAGUACCAACGAAAGAUGAGCUGAAUUUAUCAAUGCCGUGGCUUAUUUUUCUCGUUUAAACUGCUCUCUGUUAUGUUAACUCGAGACCUACAUGUAAUUUUGUCCUUGUUGUGCCAAAUUUUGGUUUCUACUGUAAUUUUAUCCUAAAGAAGAAGAAGGUUGCUGUUUCCCGUCUUUCUAUGUUGCUGGAAAGAGAAUAACAGAAGCCUGUCUUUUCAAAACUUUCAAGGCAAUCUUCUGGUAUGUCGGUGUCAGACACUAUGAUUAACAUGUGAACUUGAAAUAACUCAACGUAAAUAACGGAAAAAAAAAUUCCGAUAAACUGCUUGGCACUUUAAAAAGUAAGUGAGGAAAUGUCCAACAAAAGAAAAGAAAAGUCAUGAAGAAAAGUGCCGUGUUUUCCCUUACAACAUUCCCUUACAAUUGUACAACAAGCUGUUUUAUUUGCUUUUUACAGUAUACCCAUUAAAAGAUACGUCAUCGUCUGACUUGAAAGCUGAUUCCUUCGAUGACGAAGCAUUUGAAACAGGUAAAUAAAUAGUCUUUUAGAACUGGAGGAGCGCAUGCAUCUGGUGUCUCCUCGAGGCCCACUUAUGUAACAAGCAAAGUGCAGAGCAGCAUAUUUUUUAUUUGAGUUAGUUCUUGUGGAGGUCACAGUUUUUUAAGUUUGGGUGAGAAAUCAUCUUUUUUGUUUGUUUUUCGUUGUCCGUGAGUUUGGUGGUCUAAAGGCUUUUGUCAGUCUCGAAGUACUAAGUUAUUUUAGUUGUCUUAAUUUGUUUUGUUUCGUUCUAGUUUCAUUGUAAAUAACAUGGUCUCCGUCUUCAUGCUUGUCAUUUAUGUUUUGCAGAAUCUGAUAUCUAUGAAGACCCGUCAGUACGAUUUGAAAGCAAGAAAAUUCUUCAACCGGACCCCACUAACAUGGAGAACUACUUGGUACGAGAUUCCUCACCUCAACCAUUGACUUUCCGGAUUCAGUCAUGUAUUUCUAUUUUUGUUUCCUUCCUAAACCUAAUCUUUACACCAGCAAUCAGGUCCUAAGGAUUUGAUUACAGUUACAGUCGAACCUCUCCACAACGGUCGCCUUGGGGACAGAAGAAAGUGGUCGUUGUGGAGAGGUGGCCGUUACUGGGAAGUAGGGUUGUAAUAUGACAAGGUUUUUUUACGGAGUACAACAUGUUUUACAUGUGCUACGUUCAUGCUUACCCCUUUCACUGCCAAAUGAGGCCAAAGGCCAAUUUCGACCAAAUUUCCGAAUUUCAUUUUCUAAAAUUUUGACAAACAAAUAACAUCAUGUGUAAGUACAGGCAGAGAGCUUUCAUUUGAAUGGUCACAUCGUAGGAUUUCGUCUGCAGACUCAAAAGUUAGAGUCGCCUUAUAAAACUCCAUCAAGUACUCUGGCAGUGAAGGGGUUACUUUGUCGCAUGAUCAUGGUAAUCCAGUCAGAUAUAAUGCUAUAGAGAUAAAAUACACAUUCACAUUAAAACGCUCUGCUGACGAAAUGGAUUGUUAUUCAGGUGCCGUUCCCAAACCUGCAAUUAAAGACAUCAUGGUUCAUGGAAGGGAGACCGCCUCCGGAUCUGGAACAACAGAACCAACAAGAUGAAGAAGAGGUACCGAACAAACAAACAAUUAAAACAAACAAAAUUUGAUGGGCUUGCAAUCUCAGAAUUGGUAUAUAUGGUUUACAUGACUAGGGGCCCGUUUCUCUAAAGGUCCUUAAACGUUUCGGGCCCGAAGGCAAAUUUCAAAAUCAAAACCUGCUGAAUAGUAGCACAGUUCCUAGCUCACAAACCGGUCAAUUGUUCUUUUUGAACUGAUACUUUUGUUGUAUUAUUUUCAAAAUUAUUGAAGCUUUGUUCAUAACUGCACACACAGCAAACACAAAACAGACCCAAAACGGUACCGAGACUUACUGAUCUUACUGUGUUCGAAACAGGAUAACACAGUCUCAAAAUUCCCCUCCAUAAGAAUAGAACAGACAGAACAGAACAGAGAACAGGGAACGAGGAACAACGGGAACAGGGGAACAAGAGGAACAAGGGGAACCGGGGAAUGGAGGGAAAAGGGUAACAGGGGAAAAAGGGGAAUAGGGGAAACAAGGUGAAGAGGGGAACAGGGGGAACAAGGGAGUGAGGGAAACAAGAGGAAGAGGCAAACGGAGGGGAAAAGAGGAACAGGGAGAACAAGGAGAACAGGGGAACAGGGGAAACAAGGGGAACACGGGAACAAAGUGAACCAAGGGAAAAUGUGGAACCGGGGAACAGGGGAACAUGGGAAACCGGGGAACAGGGGGAACAAGGGGUUAGGGCGAACAAGGAGAAUAAGAAGAAUAGGGGCAACAGGGGAAGAGGGGGAACAAGGAGAACAGGGGGGAAAGGGAACAAAACAGUGAAUAGCCUGAGGAUAUUCCGAGUUACGGGAGCCAAUCAAAACGCGCGAAAAUUUCUUGUGUCUGAUUUGGUAAAUACUAAUAAUAUUUAGCCAGUGGAUAGCGCUAUCCACCUUUUGAACAACUGGGGCCUGUCCUUUAUUAACUUUACAACCAUCGAUUUCUAUAAGUUCAUAGUCUUUGGUAUUCACCGUUUAUCUCCAUUAUAGUCAAUAUGUUUGAUACUGGGGUCCUGUGCGUCACCUACAGAUAAAUCCCUUAAUUCUCCCUUACAUGCUGCAUUAGUAAUCCUUUCGUUUCGUUUCCACUUUUUUUUCUUUUCAGUCAAUCAGUUUUAUGUCGGACAGUCUCUCCCUCGCUCCAACCGAAGUCUAUUACUCCCCGUCCACCACCCCCAGGCGAACGUCAUUGGUUAGUUCAGUAGCGAUGUCUGAACGCAGAGCCAGCACGGAACUGUGGGAACUGCCCGAAUUUGGAGACUCGCCUGUAUCUUCACCGCCAAGGACUCCACCUCCAGAACCAACACCACCCUCCACUCCUCCCCCAGUAAGUUUAUAGUUAUGCUCAUUCUCUUUUCAAAACGUCCAAAUAGGAAACUUUUGCACGAUGACGUUAUCUGACUUCAACGGCGGGAACCAGAAUCAUUCAGGUUGUUGUUUUCAUGUAAUAUAUCAAACAUGAGAUGCAGUGUUUCAUCACCAGAUAAAACCUUGAAAAUUGACGCGCAGCGGAGUAUUGAUGAAUUUGAGCAAUGAUCCAGGUAAAACAAAAUCAAUUUUGAAGGAGUUAUAGGAUGCAAAUACGCUUUUCAUCCGAUUUCAAACAUAUUAAACAUUAAUUUCCUUUGUAUUUUCUUAAUGAAUUAUUAAUGAGUUUGAGAAGUUCAAAUCAGGGUUGUUUUGUAUAUAUUAAACUCAGUCAAAAUAACUGUAAGUAGUUUACGAAACGGAAAUGUCUUUUGUUAAAAUACUUUCCAUUUUAAAAAGAAGAAUUCAUAAACCUGUGUGUGUGUGUGUGUGUGUUUCAUUUUUAAAGAGGGUUUUUUUUGUUUGUGCUAAAAGAGUUCGACCCAUCAUACGAGUUGCAAACAAUAGCCGAGAAAAGUUUACAAUUUUACGUGUUCCUCACAUAGGAAUUCUGUGUUACUUGGGUUCAGACAAGAUUUUGCUAUAACGAAGUUGGUUAGAAAACUAAGGACUAAUUUACAAGCUGCUUUGCAAACAUUUAGCAAAAUUUGCUGGUAAACCAAUCAGAUGUAUAGUAGAGGCAGUAGUUAGCAUGCACCUUUUUGCAUUCCGACGUGAUCAUUGGGGUUGGUGCUUUCCUUCUUUUCUGGACCAUUACUUAAACAAGAAGUGACAUUAGUAUGCCAUUUGAAUUGUCGAGCGAUAGAAGAAUCACGUUAUCAUGGUAUCGUAUUUUUCCUGCAGUCUCGAACGAUGGAAGAUUAUGGCCUACAGGAAAUUGCUCAUACAUGCAAUCAUUAUUAUUAUUGUUUUUAUUUUAUCAUUUUUCUCUUUUUUAGGAAGAGGAAUCUGAGGAGGAGCCCAGUGAAGGUACUGUAACCUAUAUUGUUUUCCAAAUUUCCUAUGUGCUAAAUGAAUGGACAGCGCAUUGUAGACUGAGGGAGCUUACGUAUGUGGCGUUGCAGAGGUAUCCUGGGUGCCAGUUUUGUGAAAUAUCUAAAAAGUGACCCGCGCGAUUUUUGGGGCCCGUUACUAGGCCCGCGGCCGACGAAUCCGUCUGGUACCCAGGGUAUUGUAGAGGUCGCCAUUGUUUGAAAUAUCUAUCUUUGGGGCCCGUUACUAGGGAUAUCCGCCUGAUAGGGGUGUCUAACUUCGAUUGUGUUUGUGAAUUCACUUAUUUAGAAACCUUGUUGGUAACAUCAACUGCUUGACAUGCCUUGAACUUUUUCCUUUUCGCAUUCAAAUGCCUACCUGAUUGAAGACGUCUGCUAUUUUCUUUGUUGCAACGAAGAAACUGGGAAACGCCUCCAAGCAGUCUAUUUAAUGCCCUUCUGGAGUUGGACCUUGUUGUUUAAGGACACUAAGUGCGACAGUCAGUUCAGGAGCCGUAUAAACGAGGAAACGGGACAUCCUUAGACAGUCAGCUCUGUUAGUUAGCCACUAUGAUCGAAUACUAAAUGUUCAAACCUUGCUUAGGUGAAGAAAACGUUGAAAAAGCGGAGCAAGACGAGGGCCCCUCUUGUGGUCAAUGCGCCGAUUUGUUGCAAAAAGAUGGGAAGAAAAAGGUUUCGAUCGUUCCCAGCUUUCGAAAACCAGGAGGACGGAUGGGUAAUAUAUCGAUCGACUCCAGGUCCUUACGGUCGGCACAUGGAGGUCCCGGAUAUGCCGCCCCUGUUGCUCGGAGAAUGGUAGUGGAAAAACCAGAACCGACAGCUGUUAAGGUUAGGGUUAAAACUAUUUAAAACUUUGUAAAAGAUUUAAAAACAGCAGCAACAUUAACCCGUCCUCCCCCUCCAAAAAAGCAUUUUAACAAAUCAAAAUAGAAAUUGUGCUUUGCUCUGUUUGACAUUUAGUCAUUUGAGUCGACAGUCUACUAAUGUAUUUCCAUCUGCAAAAUGGAAAACCGUGGAUUUUAGGACUAUAACGAGCACCACCUCAGAUUUUUCAGCCAGCCAAGAUUGAUUUCUGGGAUUCAGUUAGUUACCUGAAUACGAGUGCAUGUUAGGAUUUCCCCAACCCCUCUCCCAGAAAAUAGCAAUACGCAGCAGCAGCAGCUAAAUAUUUAUUAUUAUAUUAACAGCAUUUUCUAUUUUCGCAGCCGAGGCGAACACCGAGACCAGUGAUAAAGAAAACUAAAAAAGCCAAAGAAAAUCCCGAAGAACUGGAAAACACCAAAGAAGCAGAAAACAAAGAACACGAUAAGUCACAAGUCAUUCAGGUGACUGCAGGAGUCAAAGAGGAAGAACAAAACGAAGACGCGGUAAAAGAUGUUGAAGACGAAGGUGUUUCGCGCAGAUCUCCGAAUGUUGUAAACAUACCCCUAGCCGCGCAAAGGCCUCUCAUUCGACAGGACACAGUCGAUUCUCAGUCCGGCCCUGGAACUAGUUCCAUACCUCAUAAGCAGCAAUCUAAGCAGUUGAUACAAGAUGACGAGAAAACGCCCGAUAAAGAAAGUCCAAAAGGUUAAUUGAUUCGUGCCUUUGUAUUUGUUGUUAAAAAAUUUCGAUCUUGUUUGAAUAGCUUCUGCAUCACGAUAAGGAUAAAGACAAUUUUACUCUCUUAGGGUAAAGCAUGAGGCUUGAAUCUAUGAAAUGUUAUAUCUAAAAUCUGAAUCUGAAAUCUGAAUCUGAAUCUAAGAUAUGGAGGAAACCUUAAAACAUCGGCUUAAUAUCUGAGGAUAGUUUUGAUUGCAUGCUGUCCUUACCAUGAUAGUUACCAUUCCGACACAGAGGUAGGUAGGGUCACCUUACUCAGCACUCCGAAUCGCUUGAGCAAUCCAUUUUUACGUUCUUUCUUGUCUAAAAAUUCGUACAUUAUGCCGUUACUAGGCUUAUGUUGUUUUAUCGAUCAUUGCGUUUUAAUAAUGUCGAGGUAAAUAAUUUUUUCCUACGCAAUGUAAUGUCUGUUUGUGUCACUUUAGAAAUACGAGGGACGGAGGAAAAACACAUGUCUCCGGCAUCUCAAAAAUUAACCGAUGGAAAGGAAGUGAAAACUCAGUCACUUGGGAAAGAUUCCUCCAGAAACGAUAUGGAGGAAAAUCAAACAAACAUUAAAGAUACACUGGAGGGGUACGACAACGAAGAAGGCAGAGAGUCUCAACAGGUGCAGCGUCAAGAGAAAUCCCCAAAACGGUUGUCGGCUGAACCUAAUGAGUCUCCGCUUAUGACAUAUGAAGACCCCCAUACCGGGGAGGUGUUAGAGAGGCCUGAAAACGAAGUUCCAAAUUCCACCGAGGUGCUCGAACCGUAUGACGAAUACGGAGUCGAUGACUUCGAAGACCAGCAUGCGGAUGGUGGCUUAACUUCUUUCCGUAGCAAGAGAACUGAUCGGGGAGAAAAAAGUGUAAGUUUUGCAGCUCCUGGGCUAGACCUUUUAAGACAUCCACGCCGAAAUCAGAGACAGUUACCGAAUUAUUAUACUUCAGGAAGAGAUUCACCGACCCUUAGAUCGCCGAAUAAUUUAGGAAUGGUGUUCAAAGAAACAGUUGUACCAAUUUAUGAAAGCAACAGACCGGGUGAUCUCUUCAGCAGAACUUCUGAAAACGCCAAGGGCGUGUCUCCGUUGACCAUAUUUGCGCUUGCCAGGAGCAGACGCGAAAACGCCGCUAAAGUGGCGAUAGAACGAAGGCACUUAGCAGACGGACGAUUGCGAAAGAAACAAGGAAGAACUGGAAAUGCUAGUUUGAAAGGUGAAGACGGUAACGUAGAUGACUUUGAGCUCAAUGAAGAUGACAUUGCACGGCUUAUGGAUAAAAUGGAUUUACAAUCGCAGACUGAUGACAGAGAGUCUGUUAUCUCCCUAAGGCCUCCAAGUGUUAGGAAAAGUGAUAGCACUUUAAUGCGUUGGUGCAUAGGUGCACUCAAGAAAAAGGAGCGAGAAAUUAUGUUUCCUCCAAAGCCAAGCCGACCGAGCAGUUCUCCAAGUGCCGUGAAAGGAAAGUCGUUGAAGCAAGGAGCAGGUAGAAUAUGCCUUUUUCAUGUGGUUGGCGAGUUUUUGUUUGUUGGUUUGUUUGUUUGUUUUUUUAAUUUUGAAGGUAGUAGUUUUAUUUCCUAACACUUUCUUACUUUGUUUUUUUAUUUUUAUUUUUAAUUUUACUUACAAACAGCGAAAGGAUUAAAAGCUUUAGCACAAUGAUUGCGCGAUAUAUGUUUAUUAAGUCAAAAAACAAUCGUUUACCUGUUUACUCGACUUUAUGAAACCAGAAAGAGACGCAGCUCUUGAAAGGUUAAAUUUUUGGAACGGGAACCAAACGAGUUCCCUGACGUUAAGCAUGAUCGUUAUGUAACGAAAAGGCCUUGAAAACCGCCGUUUAAGACCCUAUUAGUAACCUCUUUCAUUUGGACAUUACAGGGAAAUUUCAGACCUCGGUCUUAAUGAGUAGUAUGUAUUGUUAUUUUCCUAUAAUGCGAUUGGUCAACUUCGUCUAAGUGGCCCCGGUUAGAGUAGUCGCACUGUAAAAACACAUUGCAUGCAAAACGUCUAAUUACACUAUCAGUGUAUGAUUCUAUCAUAUUUAUCGUCCGCCUUUUAAUGCUAUUCUAGGUGACAGGUUUUGAAAAACAUACAACGAAUUUUCACGGGCCUUCGAAUUUAUGGCAUAUGGGAAAAAAAGGAAAAAAAACUAAACUUUUUUUCCUGACCCAGGUUUUUACUUUCCUUCAUUUUGACAUCAGCUGAGUUGAGAGAAGGUAUAUUGAAAACUACAAAAAUUUUUUUGUCUUUAAACUCGUCAGACCAGAUCCCUAAAUCUUGUGAUCUUGCCUAAUUUAUUCCUAUUUAGCUUUUUCCAAUUCCCUUUUUUCUAUCACGAUGUUAUUGCAAUUAAGAUUGUUUGUAUGUCUUUUCUUAUUUUUUUUCUUCCUGUAUCGCCAUACCUGUGUUUUUAGAUGCUUUCUUUUCCUUUUUUUGUUCUGCUAUCAAAGAUGACGGUCUUCAUCGGAAUACCUUAGAGUCUGAGAAAAGACCAAAAACAGCUGACACCAUUAGAAGCAAUGAAUCUAGCGAGGAAGAAUUUUCUAUGUUCCCUUACGAACGUAGCCCAUCAACCAAUCAAAAGUCAAAGCAUACACGUGACCACAAGGACGCUGCAUCCGUCAAAGCAAGAACAUGGAGACAGGUGUCUUCAGACGAGGAUGGUAAGUGCGAAGACAGGAGAUUUUCAUUUUAGUCCUCACAUGUAAGAUUCGACAACGGCGACAGCAGGGAGGUGUCAAAAAAGCAGUAGAUUUAAUAAGCAAAACAAAAACUUAACAUGUGCAGCAAACUUUUUUUGUGCAUUUCUUUGCCGUUGCUGCACAACUACGACGUGAAAAUGCCUAUUUUCACGUUCUAUGGAGGACGUAAACAAACGACAACGAAAGUUUCUUUGUCUCUGUAAACUUGGAUAUGGUUCUUAGGGCCUGUUUACAUGGAGUGGGGGACCCUGGUCUAGUGGGGUAGGUUUCUUUUGUUUUCACGCCCUGGAGGGCACAAAACAAAAGAAACUUACCCCACUAGACCGGGGUCCCCCACUCCAUGUAAACAGGGUCUUAGUAAUUCAACUCCAGGGGAGCUCGCAUACAUUUGGAAAGGUAACUGGAUUGGAAUAAUCGCCGUGAGGACAAAUACGCGACAUUUUCGCCGCCGUUGCUGUCCUCAAAUCUUAAGGUGAGAGUAAACGCAACGACACCAGUCCAAGCUUUUUUUUUGUUUUCACCGUUUGUUCCCAUGAGAAUCAUAUGAUCAUAUGAAUAAUAUG